AUGAAGUUCACAUUUGCUGCCGUUACCGCCGCGCUGGCCUCGUCCGCCAUGGCCCUCGGAGGCCUCGGAGUCGACCUCGGAGUCAAGCGAGAGUCCGACGGAGAGUGCAAGAACGCCGGCGACUACAAGGCCGAUCUUGAGGCUCUCAAGGGUCUCACCGACACCAUCCGAAUCUACGCCGCCGGCGAUUGCGACGCCCUGCGAGAGCUCGGCCCUGUUGCUGAGGCCGCUAACUUCAAGCUCAUGAUUGGUGUGUGGCCCAACGACGACAACCACUUUGCCUCCGAGCAGUUUGCUCUCAAGAGCUACCUGCCCUGGCUCUCCAAGUCCACCGUGCCCUACAUCACCGUGGGCUCCGAGGCUCUGUACCGAAAGGACAUGACUCCCCAGCAGCUGGCCGACAAGAUCAACGACAUCAAGAACCAGCUCAAGGGCAUCAAGGACAAGAACGGCCAGACCUUUGACGUCCCCGUCGGUACCGUCGACUCCUGGAACGUGAUUGUCGAUGGCUACUCCAGCCCCGCCGUCAAGGCCGCCGACGUUGUCUUCGCCAACGCCUUCUCCUACUGGCAGGGACAGACCAUGGCUAACGCCUCUUACUCCUUCUUCGAUGACAUCAUGCAGGCUCUCCAGACCAUCCAGACCACCAAGGGUACCACCGACAUUGACUUCUGGGUUGGUGAGACCGGAUGGCCCACCGAUGGCGGUGCUUUCGGCGACUCUCAGCCUGGCGUGAAGCAGGCUGCUCAGUUCUGGCAGGAGGGUAUCUGUGCCAUCCGAGCCUGGGGUAUCAACACUCUGGUUUUCGAGGCUUUCGACGAGACCUGGAAGCCCGACACUAAGGGUGACAACGGUGAGGAGGUCUCCGGCGUUGAGAAGUACUGGGGUGUUUACGACUCCAACCUCAAGCCCAAGUUCGACACCACUUGCAAGUUUGACUAA